CAAAUUCAUUGAAGGUGAAGGUCACGAAAACAAAUAUGGAGUCCUGUUUAGCAGUUGAACGGGAACUAGACAGAGUUUUGGCUAAAUUUAAUGGACUAAGAGACCACAGUAACGAAGCUGUCGAAGAAUUAAUUCAUUCUCUUCAAAGUAUUUGUAAUGAACUACAAUCAGGACAAGACUUAACAUCUACACAGUCAGCUAUUCUUGUCCAAACGGUAAAACGAGUUCGGGAUGCUGUACAGAGAGUCAGUACAGAACACAAGGAACUGCAUGGAUCAGUUUCCAAAGUUGGGAAAUCUGUGGAUAGGAAUUUCAUCUCCGACUUCACAGCUGUUACACCAGACACAUUUGAAAAUGCAAAGAACAAUAAUUUAUUAAAUGAAGUUAUUUGUGAACAUUUUUUAAGACAGGGAAUGCUGGAUAUUGCAGAGUCACUGACACAGGAUGCUAGACUAGAAGUGGACAGUUCAAGAAAGGAACCUUUUCUGGAAUUACAUAGAAUACUAGAAGCGUUAAAACAACGAGAUUUAGACCCAGCUUUAGAAUGGGCUUGUAUCAAUCGUGAUAUACUAAUAGCACAGAGGAGUUCUCUUGAGUUUAAAUUACACAGAUUAAGGUUUAUUGAACUUAUUAAAGAAGGUACAAGACGUCAGAAAGAAGCUCUGUCAUACUCCAGAAAUUUUGCUAUGUUUGGAUCUCAACAUGCCAGGGAACUCCAAGUAUUAAUGGGCAGCUUAUUAUACUUGCCACAAGGUAUUGAAAACUCUCCGUAUAUUUCUCUACUUGAACCAAUGUAUUGGGAAGAAAUUUGUGAUGUGUUUACCAGAGAUGCUUGUGCCUUGAUGGGUUUAUCAGUAGAAAGUCCUCUCAGUGUUGGUAUUCGUGCUGGUUGUAAAGCAUUACCUCCCUUACUCAGCAUUAAACAAGUCAUGCAGCAGAGACAAGUAGCCUCAGUUUGGAGCAGCAAAGAUGAGUUGCCUGUUGAAAUUGAACUGGGUAAAGAAUAUCAUUAUCACUCUAUAUUUGCCUGUCCUAUCUUACGACAACAAAGUAACGAGAAUAAUCCACCCAUGAGACUCGUCUGUGGCCAUGUUAUCUCUAAAGAUGCCUUAAAUAAACUAUCAAGUGGAAAUAAGGUGAAGUGUCCAUACUGUCCAGUUGAACAGAUCUCUACAGAGGCAAUACAAAUCUACUUCUAAAAUAAUGCACAGGAAGAUUUCAAGAUAUUUGUGAAAACUGACCCAAGAUAUUAAAAGGUGUGAUCUCCUAAUAAACACUUGAAAGUAUUUAAAAAUGUUUAUAUUUAUUCAUCACAGAGUUCAUAGUGUUUUGAAUAAUAUUUACGCAUAUUAAAAAUCCUUUUGAUGAACUAAGAAUGAACAUCGUGAUUUAUUUUAAAAGUAUUUAAAAAUGUUUACAUAUAUUCAUUCAUCACAGAGUUCAUAGUAGUGUUUUGAAUAACAUAUGGCUACACAUUUUACAAUCUGAUAAAAAUACAGAUCUAUAUUUCGUUUCGUUUUUUAUACUUUUGAUGGCCUACACUACAGGAAGAUCUGACCAGUUGUAGUGGGAGGUUGCAACAGAUGUCAUACAAGCGGCUUUUGACUCAGACAGUGAUUAAUCAACCAGUCUUGACGUUUCUAGCCAAGAACUCACCGUAACAGACCGUUUUAUUGGCUGAUCCCUCACAUUAACCAGAACGCGGCUUAUAAAACAACUCUUCCAGGUCCUAGUGGUGUGAAGACAAGUAAAACGAAAUUUAGAACUUUUGAAAAACGAAACAAAAUAGGAUCUGUGUUUUAAUCAAAAACUUUUUGAUGGAACUAAGAAUGAACAUUGUGAUUCAUUUUAGAAUUUGUUGAAAAUAUAAUCAUAAGUCUUUUCUGCAUCUAAUGCAUACAGGCCUGUUUAUAAAGUGGAGUUGUUGGAAACUGUUGUCGUUAAUUUAUGAACGAUAAUACUCGAUUACUUUUAGAAAUAGAUUAUUUAUUUGAACGGGAAUGCCUAACAUAUCUUUGGACACAGCUAGAUAGGAAAAUUGUGAAAUACAUAAUUUUAAAAAUGAUACAGACUAACCCAAUUUAAUUUUUGCUUUUCUGAGUGUUGAUAAAUAAAAACCCACACAACUCUUAUGAAAAAUGAUUUAUUUAGAAUUUAAAAAAUUUAAUAUAUGCAACUUCAAAAUUUUGAGAUGAGCAACCAAGGGUUGGGAUUUUUAAAUCAAUAGGACACAAACAUUUUUUAGUAUUCCCGAGGAACAAAUAUUAAAAUUGAUGUGUGUGGUACAAAAUUAUGUGUGGUACACUUGUCAUUUUUUUGUCCUUUUAUAUACCAGAACCACAUUAAAAAAAAAAAAAAAAAAUAGCUAUGACAAUUUCCAACAUCGGAAAGUAUUGAAUGGUCUAUAUAGAGUACACAUAUACCCUGCCUUGUUUAAUCAAUUUAAACAAUGAUAGCUAUGACAAUUUCCAACAUUUGAUAGUAUUGAAUGGUCUAUAGAACACAUACCCUGCCUUGUUUAAUCAUUUUUGUAAAUAUUGCAGACCAUUUUUAUUCAUGAAAUGUACAUGUUUGUCAUGAUCAGGAGCUGGUAGCAUAGGACAUGAUUAACGUUUUGUUCUGGAACCUCUUGUUUAUUUAAUAAAUCCCCCCCCGAUCCCCCUCCCACGCCCACCUCUCCCCCCCAUAUGAAAUCAUUUUUGUAUCUUGAUUAUUUUAUUAUGAUCAACAAUUUUAUCAUAUUUUUUUUUAGAAAAAAAAAUAAUUAAAAGUGUAAUUAUUUGAACAAAGUUCAGCAUUUAAAAGGAAGCCUUGAAAUUGUUCCUUGUUUCUUAUGAUGUAUAUAAUAUGAUAGGUACAUUUUAUUUGUGGGUAAAUAAGGUUUUCAUGUUGAUGUUUUAACAAAUUUUGUUAACUAAUGGAUAUUAAAUGUCGCAGCUGAUGUAUAUGUUGAACAUUAUUAUUAGUCAAUGUGGAAUACUAUUUUAUUAAAGAUGCAUUAUGUAAGAUUUAGAUAAAGAGCUGGCCGUUCUUGCUAUAAUAGUUGAAAAUUAGAUGAAUGUAUUGAAAAUUCAUUCUAAUUACUUUAUUCUGAGUGAAGUUAUGACUCUUUGACGAUGUUACAUCGAUUGUUUAUUUUUGUAGCAAUGGUACAUGACAAUCUAGACUAAAUUCUGAUUAUCCAGUUUAUCGUUAAAGUUUCAAAUCUCGCAAAUGUUCUAAUCCAUGUAAAUCAUGUCCAUUUAUUUAUGUGAAUCUAUAUAUAUAUUUGUGACUGUCGUUUGUCUGUCUGUCUUUCUGUCUGUCUGUCUGUCUGUCUGUCUGUUCGGGGUUGGCGGCUACACUAGGUCUGCACCGAGUCUGAAAUUUGGGGUAUAAGGGUAGCUCGGACCGGGGAGUAACAUAGGCCAGGUGGCGUUAGUCUACCACUUCCGGUUUCGGAGUUAUGACCCCCGAGCGUAGCCGGUCUGUUCGGGGUUGGCCGCUACACAAGGUCUGCCCUGACUCUGAAAUUGUGGGUAUAGGAAUAGCUCGGACCGGGGAGUAACAUAGGCCAGGUGGCGUUAGUCUACCACUUCCGGUUUCGGAGUUAUGACCCCCGAGCGUAGCCGGUCUGUUCGGGGUUGGCCGCUACACAAGGUCUGCCCUGACUCUGAAAUUGUGGGUAUAGGAAUAGCUCGGACCGGGGAGUAACAUAGGCCAGGUGGCGUUAGUCUACCACUUCCGGUUUCGGAGUUAUGACCCCCAAGCGAAGUCUGUCUGUUCGGGGUUGGCGGCUACACUAGGUCUGCACCGAGUCUGAAAUUUGGGGUAUAAGGGUAGCUCGGACCGGGGAGUAACAUAGGCCAGGUGGCAUUAGUCUACCACUUCCGGUUUCAGAGUUAUGACCCCCGAGCGAAGUAUGUUCGGGGUUGGCAGCUACAUCUUCCCCGAGUCUGAAAUUUGGGGUAUAGGGGUAGCUCGGACCGGGGAGUAACAUAGGCCAGGUGGCGUUAGUCUACCACUUCCGGUUUCGGGUUGUGACCCCCGAGCAAAGCCGGGUAUCCUGCUAGUAAAUGUCUAAAUAACAAUUUAUAUAGCAUUUGAAGCCAAAAUAAAGACCCACAAUGGGACAAUUUAGCUCUUAUACAUAAUGCAUCUUUAAAGUACAAGUACCACAGUGUUUAUAUAGUAAGUACAUAUGUUAAAGUACCGGUAUAAUAGUGUUUAUAUAUAGUACAUAUGACUUGGAUUAUUAUUAUUAUUAUUUAUGAUUUGUAAAAGAAUGCGAUUUGUUUAUUCUAUGUUUAAAUGUAUAUUUACAUAUAACAUAAUGUGUGUGUGUGUGUGUCCAAGCAUUAUUAUCUUGUUCUUCUGUCCAAUCCAUAAUUGUUUUUGUGUCAUAUAUAUUGUUUUGUAAAUAAAUAAUUUAAAAGAAAAUAA